UUGGGUCUAGACUCGGCGGCGUCGCGCAGCAGAGGUCCUUGAUACCGUACAGAAGAGUGAUGUCUGUCGUACAGACCCAUGCGAGCAUCUGAGCUGCCAAAUUGCGGGUAUCAGAGCUACAUACUGAUAGAGUCUUGCAGUGUCUGUAUCUGCGCCGCUUCGCCCUUUUCCGCCUAUUUGCUGCACAAGAUACUACUCUGACAUUACGAAAGUGUAGUGAGGUAUGUUACAGAGAUCAGGAACGGGGCCGAAGGCCUCUAGAGGCAGCAUUGAGUUGAGGCGCCGUGGCGGUAAAUUUGGCGGUAAACUGGCGGUAAAACUUCUACGUCAGUGAGAGGCAAGCCUCAUCAUCCCCAUUACCGCGCGCCUGUAGAGCCACCAAGCUAGAUGCCGACUGCAAGCUUUCUCGAGGCGUCACAGCUGCCAAUCGUCGACGUUGCGCCCUUUCUGAAGCCUCUUGCUGGCUCUGAUGGCAGAAUACACCUGGAUGAGGUUCUGCCUUCGUGCAAGACGAGUCCACUGACGCCCGACCUGAGCAACGUCACGUUCGCGUAUCCGCCGACGAGAGCUCAGCAAGAGUGUGCAGAGACACUUCACCAAGCAUGUUUGCGCUAUGGCUUCUUCUAUCUAUCAGGUCUAGACGCCCUCUUCUCUUCGGCCGACUUUGACAAGAUCCUCAGCACGGCGAGAUCCUUCUUUGAGCUGCCAAGCGAGACCAAGGAGCAAUUGUCAAUCUCAAACGGCAAGAGUGACGGGGCUCGAGGCUAUCAGCGUCUCAAACAGAAUGUCACGCUGGGCAAGCAAGACUGGCACCAGGGUCUCGAUCUCUACAGACCGCCCGACAACAUAGAUCCUACUCAACCGCUUUGCGGAGAAAACCAAUGGCCAGCCCAGUCCAGUAUGCCUGACUUCCGAAGCACUGUCGAGGAACAUGUGACCAGGUGUUUGCUGCUCGGCUUCGUCGUCACUUACGUGAUGACGAUAGCGCUCAAGAUGACGAAGGAGGAAGCUGACGCGCUGAGAGCCAAAGUCGAGCAAAGUUUCUGGGUCAUGCGAAUGAUUGGCUACGAUCGCUUAGACGCACAGACUGACUCGCUAUCGUGUGGAGAACACGUGGACUAUGGCAAUGUGACGCUCUUGCUGGCCGACGAGACCAAAGGCGCCCUCCAGGUCUUCAUCCCUUCCACCCGACAUGCGCUACAAGAGCGACACGACCAGAAGCUGACCGACUUUCAGGGUCAAAGAGGCAUCUGGAUCACGGCCGACCCGCUACCCGGAGCCCUCGUAUGCAAUGUCGGCAAGAUGAUCGAAAUCUGGUCGAACAAAAUCUAUCCGGCAACGCUGCACAGAGUCAUUCAUCGAGCGGACAAUUUCCGUGUGUCCGUACCUUUCUUCUUCGAGCCAGCUCUCGAUGCGUCAAUAGAACCACUCGAUGCUGCCAUGCGCCUACAAGGCCCAGAAGCGGCCACACAACGUGAGCAGGGCGUCGUUUAUGGCGCUUUCUUGCGAUCCAAAGUAGCCAAUAACUUUGCAAGCGAGGCGAAGAACAACAACAACAACAAGACCUAGCACCAUGUAAACAGUGG